AUGCCCUGUCUUAUACUCGCAUUUUUGGGCUACUCAACUGACCCAGGCCUAACUGGCCACACCAUCUAUCUUCCCAAGGAGAUUCCCGCAGAUCUGAAGCUCCCUGUACUCGUUUGGGGGAAUGGAGCUUGCCUGUCCGACGGUACUUCCUUCGAUCAGGCACUGACAGAGUGGGCCUCUCACGGUUUCAUCGUCAUUGCCAAUGGCGAGCCAGGUGGCUCGGGCCAGACCACUUCGAAAUUGCUGUUCCAAUCGAUCGACUUUAUCACUCAGAACGCCGGCAAGGGCAAACAUGCUAAUGUGGACGCAAGCCGCAUUGCUGCUGCAGGACAGAGCUGCGGUGGUCUGGAGGCGUACGAGACCGCGACCGAUGCUCGUGUCAAGGCCAUAGGGAUCUUCAACUCCGGAGAGUUCAGCGACUCGGCAUCUCGGGAAACAAUCGCGACACUGAAACAGCCCGGCGAGCGUGAUUACAAAAAUCUACCCAGUAACAUUCCGUCAUGGAAGGGCAACCUCGAUGUUGGCCACAUGGCAAACUGGAGAGAGACUGACGGUGGUAAAUUCGCUGUCUCAGGCACCAACUGGUUGAAGUGGCUGUUGCGAGGUGAUGCACAAGCAGCAGAAUGGUUCACUGGUAACGGUGCUCAACAAGCAGGGUGGCAAGUGGAGAAGAAGGGCUUGGAAGGUAUCCAGGUCAUUCCCAUUUGA